AUGAUUCCAACAAAGCCCAAGCGACCGGAUAUGCACCACUCGAGGCGAGUGGCGAUGAUUCGCCUCACCACCGCUCCAAAUCCAAACCUCGCCGGCCACAAUCUUGGUCGAAGCACACAUAAGGUGAGCUCGACUUCCGGUGCGCCCCUCCAACAGACUAGAGAGUCUAUCACUUCUUCACUUCUUAGUCUAAACCUAGGCUUCUCCUACCGUCCCUCUACCAACCUAGCCUCACUAUCGACUGCUCAUCCAUCCACCCAGCUAGUCGGCCAGUCUGUCACUCAGUACCUCUAG